AUGGGUAACCAAAUAUCUAAGAUGCUGGGGAAGAUCUUCGGCUCGAGGGAAAUGCGACUACUGAUGCUGGGACUCGACGCCGCAGGGAAGACAACCAUCCUUUACAAGCUGAAACUCAACCAGGAUGUUACCACCAUCCCCACGGUCGGGUUCAACGUGGAGACCGUCACAUAUAAGAAUGUCAAGUUCAAUGUCUGGGAUGUAGGAGGGCAAGACAAGAUUCGACCCCUUUGGCGCCACUAUUUCUCUGGUACCCAAGGCCUCAUUUUCGUCAUCGACUCCAACGACCGAGCACGGAUAGAUGAAGCCCGACAAGAGCUGCACCGGAUCAUUCUGGACCGAGAGAUGAAAGAAGCGCUGUUGCUGGUGUUUGCCAACAAACAAGAUAUUCCCGGCUCCAUGACCCCUACAGAAGUGACCGAAAAACUGAGAUUGUCACAAUUAAAGGACCGGACUUGGUAUGUUGUGCCCAGCUGCGCCACCACGGGGGAGGGAUUGCUCGAAGGUUUAAGCUGGCUCUCGACGAACGUCAAGCAGCAGCCACGGCCGGCAGCGGCAAAAUAA